AUGAUGAAACGAGCGCACACCAGUGGGCUUCUUGUUCUCGCGCUCUUAUGCCUCGCCAGCCCCGCCCUCGCAGCCCGCGACAAAGCUACUCGUCCCAGCUACCGUACCUGUCAUGAGGUUUCACCUGCGUGCCCAGUAGAAGCAACAACAUAUGGCUACUAUCCCGAACUCGGUCCCAAUGCCUUUUUCCUUGCGCUUUUCGCCACACUCUUCCUCACCUCUCUGGUCAUCGGCGUAUGGAGCAAGACAUGGACAUAUACGCUCGCUCUGGGUGGCGGUACACUCCUAGAGGCCCUCGGCUACCUAGGUCGCGUUCUGCAACACAGCAAUCCCUGGCUUAAGCCGGCGUUCGAGAUGCAGAUUUGCUGCCUAGUCCUUGGUCCUUCCUUUGUGGCAGCUGCUAUCUACUUGACACUGAAGCACUUCGUGCUAUAUUGUGGACCGAAGCACAGUCUGAUGAAGGCAAGGCUGUACCCGUGGGUCUUUGUUGGGUGUGACUUUGCCUCCAUCGUACUCCAGGCUAUUGGCGGAGGUGUAGCUGCUGGAGGUGGGUCUUCGGACAAUAUCAACAUCGUAAACGUGGGCAACAACCUCAUUGUUACGGGUAUCGCGUUCCAGGUGGCUACCAUGUGCGCUUGUGGAAUCCUCGUCCUCACCUAUCUAUUCAGAUACCGGAAAGCGCGCGCAGAACGACAUGCGUCAAGCGAAAAGAGCGACUUCGACACGAGCAGAGCAAAUGGCACUGUGAGCAGGAAGCUGUACCUUUUUGGAGCCAUGCUGGUGUUGGCCUACUUCGCCGUCUUGAUACGCUGCAUCUACCGUAUACCCGAGAUGGCGGGCGGAUGGGGAAACCCGCUCAUGAGGAAGGAGAAGGAAUUCCUUCUGCUGGAUGGCAUGAUGAUCGCCAUUGCAUGCCUAGUCCUCACCGUCUUCCAUCCAGCCUUCUUCUUCGAACCUUUCUCCCGUUUUCGUCAUGCUCAGCGCAAGUCGUCUCAGCAUGACGCGACGCCUCAGUUGUCCGAGUAG